GCGGCGCCCGGCCCGGCCCGGUAGACCCGUCCCCGCCCGCCCGAGCCCUGUGGCCUUGCUACGGGGCAAACCCCGGGGCGGAGGGGGGGGUCUCCGCCGCUGACGGAAGGCGGCAGCCACGGUCCCGCCUCCCUGGCGCUGCCGCCGAGCCCGCUCCCGCUCAGCGGCGGGCGGGCGGGCGAGCGAGCGGUUCCCGCCCCAACGCCUCCUUCCCCCGGCGUGGCAGCCCGCAGCGCUCCCGCCGCCCGGGGCGGGGGUUUUAACGAUGGGUCCCGCCGGCAUGCAGCGGGGCGGGCAAGAUCCCCACCGGGCCGGCUGUCGCCCCCGUUCUCCCCUCGGGGUUGGAGGGGGGGGGGGUCCCGGGCGCGGCCGCCGGUGGCCGCAGGUGCCCGGCGGGGUGUGGCGGCGGCUCGGCUCGUACCGCCCCGGCUCCUCCCCGCCGGGGUCCUCGCCGUCCGCUGCGCCUGCCCCCGCCGCUCCGCUCCGCCCUGAGCCGGGCCUCGAGCGGGACAUGGCGCCGGCCUUCCCCUGAGGAGCCGGGCCGCAGCGGGGGAGAGCGGCCGCCGCCGCCAUGGAGGAGGACCCGGAGCUGGAGAGGAAGGCUGUGGAAGAGUUACUCAAAGAGGCAAAACGUGGGAGAACCAGAGCUGAAACAAUGGGAGCUAUGGGUUGCCCUUUGUCAGAGGAGUCCUGGAGAAGAGAUGCACAAACCCUGGAGACAUCUAGUGUAAGGCCAUCAAUCCUGCAUUGGCACUGGAUAGUUGAAGCAACUCGGCCUGUGAAGAAAAGAUUUGUUCUGCCAUCUGUCUUUGGGUUGAAAUGUCCUCUUGCUGGUACAAAUAAAAGAUUUCUUAUUAAUACCAUCAAAAACACGUUACCGUCUCAAAAAGAACAAGACCAAGAACGUGAGCAAAAGGAAGACAGUAAGGAGCCUGAGCCAAACAAAAGCAGGAAAGAAGAAAAACCAAAGAAAUGCAGAAUUCACCCAUAUACACCCAGCUUUCAGUCCAGAAGGAGAGUCAGCUGCUCUCCUCCGAGGCACCGAAACAGGAACCAGCACACAAAGGAUAAGCAUGAAAAGCGGUCAAGCAAACGAUGAGGAGAGGAGAGUGACGAAUACGUGUUGUUACAAGCCAGGAAUGUCAUUAAGUGUCAGACUGCAGGGAUGUCUCAGUUUUUCAGGAAAAGAUGCUGUUCAAAAUUGAAUUUUGAACCAACUUGCUUGUGUGAGAAGUAACCUUGAGGUAGCUUUAGAAAACUUUUCUUUGGGACCUUUAAGAGAAAAGCAAAGUGCAGCAUAAAUCUUCCCGUCGUUUUAGAACAGACAUUCCUUUCCCUUUGCUCCGUUCCUCUCCCUUUCUGACUAAGCUUAGGGUCUUGGUGAUGGAGCGUGAUACGUGUGUCACUGUCCAAUACAACUCAUUUAGUCAUGUCACUCUUUCGGUAAUAAAUCUAAAUUAAGCAGAAAUCUAUUUAUUGUGUAAAGUUCGCAGAACUUCUUUGCUGCUAACCAAUAAAGAAGUUUUGCAUGUUUGGGUUAGUUUAGUUUUACAGAAUCUAGAAGGGAAAUCUGGUCAGUGCCUGGCCAAGCACAUGCAUUUUGUAUAGAAUAUAAGAGUUUGCUUUCUUUAGUAUAAAAAGAAAAAAAUUUAAAAUGGGCAGUGCUGGUUUUGCUUUCCAGGAGGAACUACCAGGAAAUACUGAUUUUGCUUGUUAUUGUAUAUUCACAAACCUGUCAUAGAUAAUAAUAAACAUUACCCCUAAAAAGCCAUAACUGCAAUAAUUGUCUCUGUUUAGACUUCCCUCUGUAAGGAAGUAGUUUGAACAGUCUGUUGUCAUGGUGCUUUCAAAACAAGCCUUGAAGACAAAAUUAUCAUGUUCUCUGUCCACUGCUAGCAAGUUUCCAAGUAAAUGUGUAAUACUAGAAAUGCAGAGGUGAUACUUAAAAACAGUCAAAUGCUCACUUUCCAAGCCCGCGUGACAGUUCUGUAGCGGUACGGUUCUUAAACUUGUGACUUGGAGCACAUACAGUGCGCACCGGCAUAUUCUACGUCUCACUUCUGUUUGCGUUACAAACUUCCGUGUGAAAUACUUUGUAUUUCAGUACUCUCAGAAAGAAUUGUUUUGAACAUAGGUUUCCGUUUUUAAGUGUGUUGACAAUAAAAUCGAAAAUGUUCAUUAAAA